AUGCUGCUGCAGCACAGCCUGGCCAUUAGAAUUGAGAACACGUCGAGUUCAGUGGCGCCAGCUGGCUAUCGCGUCUCGCGGCCAGAGCCCAAGCAGCCCACACAGCGCGUGCCGCCGCACCUGCAGGACAUACGACCUGGCUACGUGGACGACGAUGCGGGCGACGUGAUACGCAUCAUUGAGCCGCCCCAGCACUUCCAGCAGCUGAAGCGACUGAGGCAGAGGCAGCCGCCACAGGCAGCAGCGGUCAUCGCGCCGCCACCAAAGCCCAUUGUCUGGGAGCAGCCACGUAAGCUGAGCACCAAUCGUGGCGCCCCGCCGCCGCGUCGAGUGAAAUCGCCUGGGGGCGACUUGCUGACACAGGAGACGCAGCUGGCGCCGCUGUUCGCCAACAAUCUGCAGCUGCCCAUGGAGAUACUCGCCUCGGUGCGCAAGACGGAGCGACUGCUGAAGAGGCAGCGCCAGGGACAGGGACAGGGGCAGGGGCAGCCACAGUUGAGACAGCGCCACAUCCAGCGGCAGACGCACACGCUCAUUGCCCAAAAGGCGCUCGAGCAGCAGCUCUACCAGCGCGGACAGCAGCAGCGACUGCGCGCUGCCCUCCUGCAGGAGCACAAACGCAGCAAGCGCGUCAAGCGGCAAACCAAGUCGAGCUCCGAUGCCAAGUAUGAUGUGCCGCAUGGCCUGAAGCUCGUGGCGCACAUAGAUGAGCUGCUCAAGAAUGCGACACGCUUUGUGCCCGAUGAAACGAAGCCGAAGCCGAAGCCGAAGCCUUCGCUCUGUGGAAAUGCAACCAACUGCGAAAGUCGACGACGUCGCCAGCGACUGUUUAGAGCAAGUGCACAGAGAAAGACAGCUGGCAGGGGGCGCAACUUCCGUCAUGAAGCAACCACAACAACAAAAGCAACAACAACAAAAGCAACAACAACAACAGCAGCAGCUGUGGCAGAGACAAUUGGGAGCUUAACAACUUCCGCAACUCCAUUGGCCAGCCGCUUGGUGAACUCACGUAAAGCAGCUAACAACCGCAAUCAAAAGCAAGUGGAAGCGGCCCGCCCACCGCAGCCCUCGCCGGACUCUGUGCUCUAUGCGGAUGUCAUGUCCACCAUACGCAACCUGUGGCAGGAGCACGACCUGGCAGCUGCGCCACAGUUCGUGCCCGCCGCGCAGGUGCACAACAACAGCGACUAUCGCGCCCUGGACGUCUAUCUGAAGGAGCUGGAUGACAUCGCCAAGAAGCUGCCCACUGCAGCGCCCAUCACAACGCUCAACCAGGAGGAGUUUGCACCGAUCACGCCCACGCCCAACUGGUAUUUGAUCAACAACGAGGGCCGCAUCUACGAGACGCGCCUCACUAGCGAAUCGAAGCCAACGGCGACGCUCUUCCAUCAGUUCCCCGAUAUGCCGAAGACACAGGACUCUAUAACGACGCAAGAUCUGGAAUAG